AUGGCUAAGGUUAAAGUGAAAACGUCUGUAAUCAAACUUAUCUCGACCGCUGCUACUGGCUAUUCGAGGAGCAUCACCAUUAAAAGGGGUGCUCCUUUAGUGCAUCAGGUUAGAUAUGACCCUGUUGCCAAACGUCAUGUUCUUUUCAAAGAGGCCAAGAAAAGAAAGAUUCCUGAAAUUCCAAAGUUAGUCUUUUCAAGAAAGCUUGCAAAGUCAUAG